GUUAUAAAACUACAAUAUUAGUUGUUUUGCAGCACUGUAAUUGUAACAGUAUUAUUUUAAAACACUUGCAGUGAACUUUUGACUGAGGCUCGUCUGGGUGGUGAGGAUUAUUUGGAGCACAGAAUGCUGAAGUAACAGGCAAAGAAAAUACUUGGAGGAUGGAAUGUUGGGGGAAAUUACCGUUGGGAUUUGAAGGCAGUUGUUUUGUGAUUUGAGUCUUGGGAACUGGGAUGAGGGUAGAGGGUGGGUUAGUUCCUUCGAUCAGGUAGUGCUAGGAACCUGUCAGAAAUUCUAUUCAUAAAAUCAUAAUCAAAUAAAGAAGUGGUGAAGCAAAAUGGAGGCUGUGGAAUCUGAAGAAUCAUAUCCAGCUCAUAUUUCAGAAGAUGAUAGAAGGCCAAAGUGGAAUAGUAAAGUACAGUAUCUUUUAUCCUGUAUUGGAUUUACUGUAGGCUUUGGGAAUAUAUGGCGCUUUCCAUACUUGUGCCAAACCUAUGGAGGAGGUGCAUUCUUGAUCCCGUACAUCUUAGCACUUGUGCUGCAAGGAAUCCCUAUUUUUCAUAUUGAACUGGCCAUUGGACAACGCUUGAGAAAAGGCAGCAUUGGAGUAUGGAAUGUAAUCUCACCUUACCUGGGAGGAGUUGGUUAUUGUUCACUGUUAACAUCAUUCUUAGUGAGUCUCUAUUACAAUAUGCUUUUGGCUUUGGUGAUAUGGUAUCUUGCGAAUUCUUUCAGGGUACCAUUACCAUGGAGUGUUUGUCCACUAAAUGACAGCAGAACAGGACCUGUUGAAGAAUGUAAUAAAAGCACAGCAAGCAAUUAUUUUUGGUACAGAACAACCUUAAACAUAUCUACAGAUAUCACCGAGAGUGGCUCACUACAGGGAUUUCUGGUUUUGUGCUUGGCUGUUUCCUGGACUCUUGUGUAUGUCUGUGUCAUCCGAGGAAUUGAAACAACUGGAAAGGUAGUCUAUGUUACAGCCACAUUUCCAUAUGUUGUUCUAACUAUAUUUUUUAUUUACGGACUGUCUCUCAAAGGAGCCGUUCAAGGGCUAUCCUACCUCAUCACUCCUGAAUUAAAUCGCCUCAAAAAUCCACGGGUGUGGCUUGAUGCAGCCACCCAGAUUUUCUUCUCUCUCUCUUUAGGAAUUGGGGGACACAUUGCAUACGCAAGCUACAACCCACUAAAAAAUGACUGUGAAUUGGAUAGUAUCAUAAUAACAGUUGUGAACAGUGCAACUUCUCUAUAUGCCACAAUCCCAGUGUUUUGUAUUGUGGGGUUUAAGGCAACAAUUAACUACGAGAACUGCUUGAAGAGGAAUAUAGACGCUGUCGUCAAUGCAUUUAAAUUGCAGCAGCUAAGCAUCACAAAAGACAACUAUACUAUUUCGGUAGAGGCCCUAAAAGCAACAUCUCCAGAUAAGCUUGCCAACCUCAGGUUGAAAACGUGUGUCCUUAAAGAAUUCCUUGAUCAGAGUGUUUCUGGACAUGGCUUGGCCUUUAUUAUGUUCACAGAAGUCGUCACUCACAUGCCUGGAUCACAACUUUGGGCCAUUCUGUUUUUUGUCAUGCUAUUGACUCUGGGUCUGUCUUCUAUGUUUGGACUUAUUGAAGCUAUUUUGACUCCUAUAUUAGAUUUUAAAGUUGUGAGUAAUUCUGUACGCAAAGAGAUUAUAUCUGGUGUGAUAUGUCUGUGCUGCUUUUUUUUGGCUCUGAUCUUUGCCUUGAGAUCAGGAAACUACUGGUUCGAGGUGUUUGAUACCUACGCAGCAGCCUUGCCUUUGUUACUCACUACGUUUUUUGAAGUGAUUGGUGUUGUAUAUGUUUAUGGAAUUAAAAGGUUCAGUGCUGAUGUGGAAAUGAUGACAGGAAACCAACCAAAUAUCUACUGGCAGAUGACAUGGAGAUUUAUCAGCCCGCUGAUAAUGCUCACGAUCUUUGUGGCCUUCAUAAUGGUACAGGGUCCACCAAGCUAUAAUGCAUGGAACCCUAACUACGAAGAUUUUCCCAAAAAAGAGAAGAAAGAUUAUCCCACCUGGGUAUAUGCUAUCUGUGUCACACUGGCAUCCACAGCGUGCUUGUUCAUCCCCACUGUAGCCCUUUUCCAGCUGGUGAGAGGCAUACUGAAGAAGAAGCAAGCAGAAGCGCAACUUACUAGUAUGAAGUCCUCUUCACAAACCUAACUUCCUUUUGUGUACAGAAUCCAAUCAUUUCAUUAUUUUAAGUUACAUCCUCAUGCCCGCCAUUUUCACAUGCCUUCCUCAAAAUAGACAUUGGAAUGUAACUGAUGAUAGUUAAGAUGUAACAAUAAAUAAGCAUUUAUAUGGCA